CUCGCGCACGGUGCUCUCCCCUCUCACCUCCUCCUCCUCUCACUCGACUUUUGUAAACUCUCGCCGCCAAAGCUCGCGAGAGGACAUGUCCGCGGCUGUAGCGUCCAGAGAGGAUUCACAUUGAAUGUAUUGAAACAGACUGUAAGGGACACGAUUUUAAGUGGUUAGUGGUGAGCUGUUUGAACACAAUGGAACACUUGGGAACAGUAGAGCCAGAAGAUGAUUCAGGAUUAUUACCACGCCUAGCACCUAGUCCACACAGUGAGGCAGUUGCUCAUGAAUUUCAGGAACUCUCCUUGCAACCCAUCCAAUGUUUGCCUCCCCUCAAUGAAAGGAAGAAUGUACUUCAGCUAAGGCUACAGCAAAGGCGGACAAGAGAACAGCUGGUGGAUCAGGGAAUCAUGCCACCUUUGAAGAGCCCAGCUGCAUUCCAUGAGCAGAUAAAGAGCUUGGAAAGAGCCAGGACUGAAAAUUUUCUGAAGCACAAGAUACGCAGUAGACCUGAUAGAUCAGAGUUGGUCAGAAUGCACAUUCUUGAAGAGACCUUUGCGGAACCCUCUCUACAAGCAACUCAGAUGAAACUGAAAAGAGCACGAUUGGCAGAUGAUCUGAAUGAAAAGAUUGCUCAGAGGCCUGGUCCUAUGGAACUUGUAGAAAAAAACAUCCUUCCUGUAGACUCCAGUGUCAAAGAAGCAAUUAUAGCGGUUGGUCAGGAGAACUAUCCUCAAGGAUUGGAUGAAUCCUUUGAUGAAGACAGCAGUGAUGCUUUAUCUCCAGAUCAGCCUGCUAGUCAGGAAUCCCAGGGCUCGGCAGCAUCCCCUGGUGAGCCCAAAACAAGAGAGGCACCAUCUCCAGUCUUGCCAACCCCCGCUACUAAUCAGUAUCCCACAUUAACACCAUCACUACCUGAAUUUCUGAAGCCGCCUGUCACUGAUCAGCACACUACACGCUCUGCAGCUGCUGCUUCUCUUACCCCAAAUACCGUGUUGGCAACAAAACUCAGCAGUGGGCCAACACUAAUAAAGCAACCCCACCCCAAGAACCCAAGUGACAAACCUCGGAGCAAGAAAAGCAAAGAGCCAAAGCCCAGAGUGAAGAAACUGAAGUACCAUCAGUACAUUCCACCUGAUCAGAAGGGUGAGAAGAAUGAGCCACAGAUGGACUCCAACUAUGCUCGCUUGCUGCAAGAACAACAGCUUUUUUUGCAACUGCAGAUCCUGAGCCAACAGCAGCAGCACUACAACUACCAGACGAUUCUUCCUGCACCACUCAAGCCAGUGAGUGACAAACAGAGCAACACCGGGAAUGUACCACUGAAUACUUUGAGCAAUAGCACAUCUUCUGCAGCAGCCAGCACUCCGAGACAGAACAAUAAUAUUUCCAACAGAAAACCUGGGCCCCUGCCUCCUAGCUUGGAUGAUUUAAAGGUAGCUGAACUGAAAAUGGAGCUCAAGAUAAGAGGAUUGCCAGUGUCUGGAACUAAAAUGGAUCUUAUUGAGCGUUUGAAACCCUAUCAGGAUCUUAACAAUAAUUCUAUCAAUGCUAGUCAUACAGCGGCAGUUACUCCUUCCACUAAUUGUACCAGCCAGCCUGGAGAAAUAACUGCCGUAUUCCCUGUUGCUACAUUAAACAAGCCAAUAGCUAGCUCAGUUUCCAGCUUUUCUUCAGAAACAACAUCUGGUGGAACUGGCGGCAAAUCAACACCUAUGGAAUGCAUCAACUCCCCUUUGCCCAUUUCCCCGUCUCCUUCAGAGCCGUCCAGUCUCAGCACGGAUGACACUAACAUGGCAGAUACUUUGACGGAAAUCAUGACCGUGAUGUCUCCAUUACAGUUCCCAAAUGCAUCACCUCCUCUUCGAGCUACCACAAAUGAGGACAGUCACGGCAGUGGAAGCAUGUUCGGCAUGGAGCUUGAUGCAGCAGAAAAGGACCGUAAGCUUCAAGAAAAAGAGAAGCAGAUUGAAGAGCUCAAAAGAAAACUGGAGCAAGAGCAGAAACUUGUGGAAGUGCUGAAAAUGCAACUUGAAGUUGAGAAGCGGGUUCAGCAGCAGCAACCCCAAGCCUCAGCUAAUAUGACACUGACUUUGAAUCAGAAGCAUAUCGGUCAUGAUGUCAAAGAGGAAGGCACUUUAGCAGAUUGCUCUGAUGCAAAACAACCUGUAUCUGAAGCCAACCAUUCUUUAGGACAGCCAGCAUCAGUGGAUGUCCAGAACCUAGUUGCCAAAAAGGCUAUUGUUAUCAAACAGGAGGUACCUUUGGCCAAAGCUGAACCACAAAAUGUCAUAUCUCAGUUUUAUGUAAGUUCGCAGAGACAGCCACAAACUGCUGUUGUUGCCCAGCCUCAAGCUCUACUUACUGCACAAGGAACAGCACAGCUGCUACUGCCACUCUCUCUCCAGGGUCCAAAUUCUGCCACUUCAAUGCAACUACCUGUGGGCAGUAUCCAGGUACAGGCCCAGCCACAGUCUGGCAUUCCAGCCAUGGCACAAGUAUCUCCUUCUGCUUUGUCCCAGAAAGUACCACAGAUGCACUCUUCAGCAUCCAAAGAAAAUGCUUCCCCACAGCAUGUGCUUGGUCACACCCCACAAAACAGACAGAUAUUUCCUCCUACCUCACCAAAUACAGUAUUUUCCUAUCAGAAUCAGUCUGUGACAACUCUACAGCGACCUUUGUUUAGUCAGACAGCAAAUACCACUGUUCACUCAGGGAACCAGGUGCCCUUGGUGCAAAAUGGACCCAGUGCUCCUCAGAAGCUGGCCUCCCAGUCUCAACCCCAACAGUACAUUUUGCAGCAAUCUCUGUUCAGCAAUUCAGUAACCAAGGCAAAGGACCCUCCACGCUAUGAAGAAGCCAUCAAACAGACCCGCAGCUUGCAAGCUUCUCAACGAGAGAUUUCCAGUGUUCACAGCCAGCAAAUGGAUGACCUCUUUGAUAUUCUCAUUAAAAGCGGAGAGAUUUCUCUGCCUACCAAGGAAGAACCUUCUCUGAUUUCCAAAAUGAGACCCGUUACUGCCAAUAUCACCACAAUGCCAGUGAACACAGUGGUGUCUUGUCCGCCACCACAAGUCCAAAUGGCCCCUCCUCUCUCCUUAGAACCAACAAGCAAUUUCUCUGUAAGUCUGGAGAAUCAGCUAGAAGCCCUCUUGGAAGGAACUCUGCCUUCAGGAAAUGGAAUGCCUCAUCUGGCAAGCAGUAGUGAGGACAGAGAGUCUUUCUCUCUAAUCGAGGACCUUCAAAAUGACCUCCUUAACCACUCUGGCAUAUUAGAUCACUCACAGUCACCUAUGGAAACAACAGAUUCUCAAUUCACCACUUCUAAUUCCUGUUUAUCUCUUGAUCUUCCGGACACAAAUUUAGACAACAUGGAGUGGCUAGACAUUACCAUGCCAAAUGCUUCUUCAGGAUUAACUCCUCUCAGCUCAACUGCCCCAAGUAUGUUUUCAACAGAUUUUCUUGACCCACAAGAUCUACAGUUGCACUGGGAUUAACUAAAAAGCCAAAGCCUACUUGACCACGGUUUUUAAAGAUCCAUUUACAGCAUAGGUCCAUUAUUUCACUUUCCUUGUUUUCAGGGUAAUCUUGAAAAUUAUCUUUAGGGUGUAAAAACAAAACAAAACAAAAAUAUUAGACAAAAAGCAUGAUUCCCCCCACCUCUGGCAAUCAGUUAAGGGGAGGGGAGGGGCAGGGGGGAGAGUGAGAUUGGAUCUUAGUUCAUGUACUGGGAUAAGUCAUAAUAAAACUGCACCUGACUGUUGCUAUAGACAGCCUGAGCCAAGCUUAGCUGCCUUGUCAAACCUCUGGCUAAGUUAAAGAAAACUGAUGGGGUUUGGUGAAAGGAUUGAAGUUGGCUAUAUUUGGACCGCUUCAUAAGUUUAAAAAGUCUUGAGGUAAUACUUUAGGGCUACCACAUUUAGUCAUUUUAAUCGGCUAGACUGAAAUGGUGACUUUGAUUAGUUGGGCAUCAAAACAAGUAAUCCCCCCCCCCCCCAGUUGAAGUUCUUUUAGAAAAACUCUGCACAUAGGAAGCACCAUCUUAAGAAUUCCCCUUCCCCAAUUAUGUGACAAACGAAAUGCCUCUUCUAAGAUGAUGCCUGCUGCAACAUGUUUGUGCAUCAUUAAAAACAAAGGAAAUAGAUGCUUUGGUCUUGACAAUUAUUGGUUUUCUUAUAUGCAAAUGUAUGAUUAUUUACUAGGUUAAUUAAGUAAGGCUGUAAUCCUUCAUUGGGAAUCAAUCCUGCUGAAUUCAGUGAGACUUACUUCUGAAUAAACAUGGUUUGGAUUGCGUUGUAAGUAAUCAAGUAAAACUCAAGAUUAAUCAGCUAAGAUUUCUUUGGCCAGAGCCUUAUUUAAUUUUUAACCAGAAGAAAUAUAGGAAGUGCAGAGCCACAUACAUCAACAUACAUCAGUGAGGUGUGUGUUUUGCCCUCUAUAUGUUGACGACAAAUAGUUAUUUGCAUAAUUACAACCAAUUUUACUUCUCUUAUUUUAUGUAGGAUAUCAUACAGGCAAAUUAAGAUGCACAACAAUUUUCUUUCAUUUGUUAGGUGUUCAUAAGCUAUUGGACAAUUAAAAUGCAUGAAUUUGGAUCCAAGUGUGCCCUUGCAUAUGCAGAAGACCUCUUCCAUUUGUAAAAGGGGAUAUUUUACACUUUGUUCUAGAAUGUUUCUAGAGAAAAAUGAAACUAAAUCCAAAGAAGUUGGAUAAGAAGAGCUCUUGCAAGCUCUUUCUCAAGAACACUCUUACAAGCUGUUUCCCUUCCCCUCAUAAUUCUUUGAAUCCAGCCCAUAUGCUGACUUAACACAUUCAAAAUUAACAAAAAUCAAUGUUUUCAGAUCCAAAUUCAGAACUAGCAUUGUUUUUUAUAUUACGUGCAAAAUUUAAAUUACAAGAACACCAUGAGUGAGAAAUGCACCAACAUGUGUGUUUGUCUCAUUCUAAAAUAUCUGAAUUUUCCACUUUUGAAAGAUUUUAAGUGAACACGUAACAGUGUGAAUGACAGUCACACAGAGGAGUUACCCAUCCCCUGCUGCCUGAGCCGUCUAACUGGAAAUGCCAGGAGUUGAACCUGGGACCUUCUGCAUGCAAAGCAUGUGCUCUGUCACUCAUCUGCAGCUGAUCAUUUGUUUGGCAGGAAGAAUGAGGGAUAUUACAGUAUAGCUAGCCAUCUACUGUUCUUGAACGUCUCUGGAUUAGGGCCCUAGAAUCAAAAAGCUGUAUAGUUGGAAGAUACCUCAAGGGUCAUCUAGUCCAACCCCCUGCACUGAAGGAAUCCCAACAUGCAGUCCCCCAUCCAAUUUGAAACCCUACUGGACCCUGCUUAGCUGUGCAAAGCAGCUGGCAGUUUUUAUUGCUGCACCACUUAUAUUCACAGUACAUUUCCUAAGGCAACAGUGGAACAGCAGCAUUUGGUAGAAAUUAACUAUUUGGAUAUUGAAAUAUAUCAUCAAAAAAGUUACAGUUCAAAUGAAACUUAUUCCAAAAAGCUCUGUCCUCUUUUAACCAUGAAUAAAUAUUGGAAAAACUACAACCAUUCUACAAGGGUUGUGGAUUUCAAUGAAACUCAAAUGAGAAAAUAAUAUUUAUUGUACGGUAGGCUUUUUCAGAGCAAGGUUCCUUUUUCAUACAAAUCACAGCAUAAUACUUAGACUUCUUUAGAAAAUUAUCAGAAUUUUAAUGUUCAUUACCCAUAACAUUUGAUCCUGCAUUUAUGACCUGGUUUUGUUAAAAAACAAAACUUGUGAAUCCCUUAGAAUUGACAGACACAAGAAUCACUAAUAACGAGUACAGUUGAGUGAACUCAUAUCUGCAUAGCUUGCUUUAUUCAAUGUGCAGUAUUUUGAGCCAAUUUCACACUGAGAUUGCAUAUUUGCAAUUUAUUUUCUCGUAAAGCCACGACUAUGAAGAUGCCAAUUUAGACAGUGUGGUUUAGAGUUAACAUGGGCUUUCACAUUGUAGAAAAUAUUAGUAAUGUCAGGGUAGCUUCACACCAAAAAAUCAAAAUUAAAAUUAAUCUGGGACCUAUGUUUGGGAGAAUAUUCUUAUGCCACUUUGCCUGCCAUAGGUUACUCGAGGGUCAUAUUCAGCAACUGGAUACAGUUGAAGCACUAGCCUUGUAUUUCAACACUAGUGUUGUAAGCUAUAUACAAGAAGGAAUUCCAUGCAGACGAGUGAAUGAGCAGGUCUAUGCAGAAGGGAUAGAGCACUCCUUCCUCUGCGACCAGCAUAGGAAUGAGAAUAGGAAAAAGUGUAGAGAGAGAUCACAUAUCUUCAACUUUACCAUUCCGCUUCACCAUCUUUGGAUGGAAGCUAAUCUUUUGAGGUGCUGAGUUAUCUCCCAGUGAGAUGUCAAGUUUCAUUUUCUCCCAAAAAGUCCAUUUGAGUUAAGAUGCUUAGAAUUCUGAUGGAACCUAUUCUGGGUGUGGUGGGAUCACCUAUGACGUUUAAGCUCCACAGUGCUGUAAGGAAGUAUGUUUCCUGUGAUGUGCCGUAUACAAUGUCAUAGACCAAAGGAGAUAGUAAAAAGAUGGAACCUGUUGUCUGUACCUCGUAUUCAAAAUGUUGCAGAGCCGAAUAGGUAUAAAUACAAAGUUUUUGGCAGGGCCAGAAUUCAAAGAGAAGAUGAGUACAUGCAAGAACCAGGCAGGAAAGCCUGCUGUCAAAUAGGCAAGCUACCAUUCAGUUUAACAGGCAGCUUGCUUUUUCAGCAAUGAGAGCUAUUGCAAAGGAAGCUCUGUCUGCAUGUGUAGUUCCCAUUUCUGUGCAUCUCUUUGGAUCCUGGCACCAGGACAAAGGGGCAAAGGCCAUAAUGACCUAGUGAGCAACUGGUUGCUUGUGGUAUUGAUACAACAGCUUAUAUCAUCAGGUUCAUAUGCUAUAGCUGUGCUUCACAAACUUUUUGAAGUGGGGACCUACCUGUAAACUUUUAGAGCUUUUGUGGGCACCCACUUAUAAACUAAUUCCACCUUUUGUGCCCUAUUUUCUCUCUGAUUUUUCCAAUCGUAAAUUCAGUUCUCCAUGUUUCCACAUUGGUUGCAAAUUUUCCCCACACCCUGCAAAAAAAAUUCACCAACAUUUUAAUGUGAUCUCCUCCCAAAAUGAACAUGUUUGUAUGCAACUUUACCCAAUAAUUAUUAUUUUUUUGCAAUUCAGUGUUCCCUAAUAAUGCAUUUUUGAAUGUUAUUUUCAUGAAUACAUCCAUUUGUAUGCAGACUUUACCCUAGUGUAUACAUUUUCGUACACAUGGCAGGAGAACUGUAUUGCAAAA